AAAAGGGAAAAAAACGUUAAGUCAGAUCAGGAAGUGUGAUGCUGUGGCAGGACAGGAGGAAACAGACUCAGAAUGGCAGUGUGUGUCUCUGCUUGAUAACAUGACGGCCCCCCGGCUGAAGACCCCGGCUCUGUUCCUGCUGCUGCUGCUGCUCAGCGCUCUGACCGGGACAGCAUUUUGUCGAGAAGAGACGUCAAGUCAAACAAAAAACAGCAACAGUACAGCAAGAAGUCAGGUUUUUACUUCAACUCCUCCAACUAUUCCAGGGAAUAAUGACAACACCACAAACACAGCACAACCGGAAGUUCCUGAAGGAUCUGGUUCAGGUGAACCUGAUACUUCACCAGAAAUUGUGCUUAUGAAUGAUCAAUCAGGGAAUAACGGCGAUGAAACUCUUGACCAAUUCAUCCUGAUUGGUGCGGUUGUGGCGGGCAUAAUCGUUGGUGCCAUCAUUAUCGCUGGCGUUGUCGUCUGGUGCAGGUGCAGUAAAAAAGCGGGGAACCAAGAGCUUACAAAAGAAGACCCACACUUAGACGGACCAAGCUCAGAGAAGGUCCCUAUGCCAAUGUUCGAAGAAGACGUGCCAUCUGUGCUGGAACUGGAAAUGGACGAACUGGACCAGUGGAUGGAGAAAAACAGUUAGAGGAUGACACAUCCCAGGCCGUGCUUUGCUUCCAUCUUUCAUAUUCUAACUCUUUCUUGACCGUUUCUCCCCAAUCCGGAGGUGCUCAUUUCCAGUCAGGAGACAACAGUGAUGCGCUGGACACGGCGCAGCGAAGCGUCCGUCUCUAAGGAGCUGCACCUCAGAGCUCGGAUGGAGCAAUGCCUCCUGGUCGUCCCUCGGUGGAGAUAAACUGCUACUAACGAUGUCAUUACUUACGCUUUGUUCAAUGUGUUUCAUUCAGAUCCACGCACAGUGUUUCAAUGCACAUUUCAACUGAUCUUUUACACAUAAAACACAGGGGAUGAAAAAAAAAAUCUCAACCAAAUGUGUCCUCGGUGUCUCUAGAUUCACACAGUUGGUCUGUGUGUGUUCAGCUCGGCGUGUAAUGGGAAAAUAACCUUCCCCAACCCUUCCAGACAACUGCUCACUGCUCCCCCGGUGGCUUUUCCUCUUGCUCAAAUGUUACAUGACUCCCUCCAGCUGCAGGUUGUAAUGACUGUGGGCAGGCAUGACGGAGAACAUCUGUUUGUUAUCGUUUGCAGAACAGCUCUGGAUUUACACAGAGAUCGUUUUUAUUCUAAGUCUCUGAGUCGUCGAAGCGAUGAGACUCCGGCUUCCGAGGCUUUUGAUAAAUUAUUGGCCACUUCGCCGAAGCGGCCCGCUAAACAGCGACUGUUGAUCAGAUAAGAGGUACCAGAUGAAUAUCUGGACUAAAUUCCUCCGAUCGCCUGAUGCUUCUCACAGAUUUUCUUCCCCGCCGGUUUUGCCUGUAAAAGUUGUCGGAUGUGAACGAGUAAACACUGAUGCAGAUGUGAGUUCUUUCCGAUUCAGGCAGUGUCGGACGUGAACUCGCACUGUAAAUAUUUCACUGCCAAAAUGUGUUAUUGUGACAUUUCUGUAAAUAUAAAACGUGUGGAGCUUUGUUUGGCUUGUGAAGCUCUUCAGUUCCAUGAUUAAAGUGUCCCGAUGAAGAGAC